CAUACUUUUGAGACAAUGACAAAAUUUGUACAGAGAAUGUUGAAUACAAAACACGGAAUAUGUAGCUAUUAAAUUGGUAUUGCUGUGAUUAUCAGAUUCUCUGUUGACCUUUGUUGUCCACGGUGUUCAACUUUGACACAUGACCUCUCCUUCCAUCAUGGGUGAGAAAAAGGAAGGAGAGGGGGAAACCCACUCCAACCCCUCAACCCCUACCCAUCGACGCAAGCGCUCGUCCAUGGACAACGACAAGCAGGAGGAUGGGGAGCAUGAAACCAGACGCACCAAGUCUCGGAAGAGCAAUCUGGAAUCGCGAACGGAGCGUAAUAGUGAUGGCGAGGUAGUGCUUUACAGGGCAAAGGAUGGCACAGAGUAUGAAGUUGGAGAUGAUGUCUAUAUGGAAAGUCCAAGAGCUGAAAUGCCUUAUUUCAUCUGUGCUGUCCAUGAAUUCAAAGUGAGCAAGAGAGAUAACGUUCAUGUGGUUGUGAAAUGGUAUUAUCGCCAAUCAGAAGUCCCUGAUUCUGUCUACCAGCUUCUUAUGCAGGAUAGGCAUGUUGAAAACAAUUCUGGUCAAGCCCUUGUAACUGCAGAUCCCAUUGCCAAGAACAGGGAGCUCUUCAUUUCGGAUACCAUAGAAACAUAUCCAGUAUCUGCUCUGAGGCGGAAGUGCACUGUGUACCAUUUCAAGGACAUCCAUGAAGCUAAGGACUUUGAGGUUACGUCAAACAAUUUCUUCUACAUCCUCAGCUACAACCCAGAAACAAGGCGACUUGCUGGUACCCAGGGCGAGAUCAGGGUUGGACCCAGUCACCAGGCCGUGCUACCAGACAUCAAGCCUAAGCUACGCCCUUCCAGGGGUACUAACCUAGACUUUGAAGAGCUCAGCUGGAUGCCAGAUGUCAUGAAUGAUGUCGAUCUGAAGAUGUAUCUACAAGCUGCCAGGAGUAUGGCAGCCUUUGUUGGAAUGUGUGAUGGGGGUUCCCCUGAAGAAGGAUGUGAUGUAGCAUCCAAGGAUGACACCACUAUCAACGCUAUCACUGUGCUUCAUGAGAACCACUAUAACACUGGUAAGGCGUUGCAGGAGCUUGUCAAAUGUCCAGUCCCAAGAUCGAUUGACAAGAAAUGGACAGACGAGGAAACGAAACUGUUCAUCAGGGGACUACGACAGUUUGGCAAGAACUUCUUUAGGAUCAGAAGAGACUUCCUGCAACACAAGGAUACGAGAGACCUGGUUGAGUUUUACUACUACUGGAAGAAGACCCCUGAGGCUAAUCAUCAUCGCAUCUACAGGCGCCACCGCAGGCAAAGUGUACUUAGUCGCAGGAAUUAUGGACGCAACAUCAGACCACCUUCUAGUGAAUUCUUGGAUCUGAGUUCCGCCAGUGAAUGUGACUUGGAUAGCGAUGACAGUGAAAAGAAUUUCAGCGGCUAUGCAUGCAGACACUGCUUUACAACAAGUUCUAAGGACUGGCACCAUGGUGGCAGAGACAGAGUUCUGCUGUGUACAGAUUGUAGAGUGUACUUCAAGAAGUAUGGUAUCCUUAGACCGAUCCAGAACCCUGGUGCUCCACCUGCCUUCAUGUUCAAGCCUGUCAGGGAAGGAGAGUCCUUUGACGUCAAGAAGAAUCUACGCACUAGGAGACACAGGGAACUGGUGAACAGCUCAUCCCGUGCUGGGCGUAACAAGCACCUGGACGGUGUAGCCAGUGAACCCAGCAGUCCUCUCAAUCACAGGAGAGGUAGCGGUACCUUCAGCCAUAACUCACCCAGUGAGCUGAGCACCUCUAGUGAGGGCAGCAACAACUCUAAGAAGAUCAAGGUGGAGAGUGACCAAGGUCCGGACAGCCCAGCCAGCCUGCCACCAAGGAUUAAGCAAGAAGACCCAGAAGAAGAGGAGAUGGAGGAAAUGGAAGACUUGCUAGAGCAGGGGGUAGAACCAGAGGAUGAAGAGGAGGAGGAGGAAGAAGAAGAGGAGGAGGAGGAAGAGGGAGACGGAGAAGAUGAAGAGGAGGAAGAAGAAGAGGAGGAGGAGGAGGAGGAGAAGAUGGAGAUUCGGAUGAACAUUCAAGAUGUGGAAGCAGAUGUUCAGAAUGAUGAACCGUUUGAAGGACCACCAACAUGCCUAGAUGCUAGCCAGCAAAAAGAUCUGGAGAAGGAAACGCAGCCUCAGCCCCCUGUGGUUGAGGCUGCUGAAGUCAAAAAGAUGCUUGUGAUCAAGAAAGAGCCUGUAGAAGAAGAGCCAGCCCCAGAACCUGUCAUGCCAGCAGCUGUUCCCUCGCCCGUACCUCAGAGGUUCACCCUCCCAACCCCCAUCAUGCCCGUUAUUCUACCUCCAGGAGAGAAGAAGGGCGAGGCACAAUCUUCACCCCAUGGAGGGGUGCACCAGGUGUCUACCGCUAGCACCCCUCAUGGACCAGCUGUGGUGCUGCCACCCUUCACAUCCACAGCAGGUCUCUUCUCCCCAUUGGCCAUGGCUCAGGUUAGGCGAGGUGGAGAGACUGGAGACAAAGAAGCUAGGAGGGAGAGGAGCUUUGAGACAAGUUUUGUGGACCACAUGAUCCGCACGGAGCUGGAAGCGAAGGAUCCCUCUCCGAAGCGAGAACCGGAGGAGGAGAAGGCAAGGAGCACUCCCACCGACAGAAAGGACACACCUCUUGCCCCGCCUCCUCCCAUGUACCCUAUUGGUUUCCCCGGUGCCACGCCCAUGCCGGGGAUGAUGGGUAUGCCAGGUAUGCCUCUCAUUCCUGGUAUGUCCAUGCCUCACAUCAAGGAAUUGCAGGCUCAUUACCAGAACAGGGACCAAAGAAACGAGAAUCCAGAUCGACAGUCUCUCAUAAGAGAGGCUUCAGCAGCUUGGAGGCAGUCUGAGGAAGGGAGAAGGCCAGAAGAUCUGGAAAGAAGUGAAGCUUAUCGUCCUAGCAGGGAUCACGAUCGUCCACGCUCUGUUGAUGGAAAGGGUUCGGAGAGGAGCAGCAGGAAUGAGUCUGAAUCCGACAGAGAUCGUCCAAGCCAGGAUAGGGAGAAGGAGAGGGACAUGGAACGUAGCAGGGGAAGACUGGAUCCUCCACCUUUGGUCUACAGAGAAGGAUUACCAAGUUUCCCACAUCAUGGUGUUGGAAUGCCUCAGAUGUACCCAAGGGGCGAGUCUGCUUACAUGCCUUAUGGAAAGGAACGUCCUCCCAAACCAGGGGAGAAUCUAACGCCCCCAUUGAGACGAGAUCAUGAUGGUCGUGACAAGCAACAAGAGAGUGUGCCCAAACCCAGGGAAAGUCCUUUGGAGAAAGAUAGAGGAAGGCCGAACUCUCCUCACCGAGAGGCAGAAGGGAAAUCAAGCAAGAUGCUACCAGACCAACGGCCAGGGGCAUAUCCUCCACAAUCCCUUCCUUCUCAAGAGCCAAUCAUGGUGGGUAAUAUGCGUAUCAAGCAAGAGAUGCCAACCUAUAGCUACCCUCAGUAUCCCCCCUUUGAACACCGACCAGGUCAUCCUGACGCUGCAAUAGGUGUACCUCCUUACCCGCCCCCCAACCAGCCCCUCCCACUCAACCAGCCCCUCCCACCCAACCAGCCCCUCCCACCCUCCCAACCCGCUACAUCAGCUGCUGCUGGUGACAAGGGCUCGUUCGAUAUCUCCAAGGUGAAGGCUGAAUUUGAGGCUGCGCAUAGGAGCAUCAUGGGUGACCCGAAGCGUAUGCAGCAGACAUCUGUCAUCACCGAAAACAGACUUGCCCCUGGAGGAUCACCAUCUGCUCCUCUUGUCCCACCCAUGCUGCAUCCAACUCUGAGGUUCCCCGAUGGUGCAGUGAAAGUCAAAACAGAGACUGGCAUCGAUGAAGAGGCACAGAAACCUCGAGAAAUUAAAGAAGAGAUGAAGGAGCCUGAUAGCGAGAAGAAAGAUGGAGAAAAGACAGAGGAGGAGGAAGAAGAAGAAGAGGAAGAAUAUGAGGAUCUUGGUAAUCGCUCUCCAUCUCCUGAGCCUAUGAUGGUGGAUAGACUACUUCACACAAGUUCCUCUGCCAAAUUCAUACGCCACUGGUCCAGAAGGAACAACUCAUGCAGUCGAACUGAUCUCCUGUUCUCACCCCGAGAAGAUUCCAAAUGGAUGCGUCGAUGCAGGGACCGUGAACGUAAGAAGCGUUCUAGUAUCAGCCACGAGGCAGACAGGGAGAGGAGCUCUUCGACCAGCCGGGAUGAAAAGAGUGCUGAAGCAAAUGAUAGAGUAGCUAGACGACCUGAAACCCCACCAGAGAAUACCAGUGCAGAUGCCCAGGUGAUAAGUUCUUUCACUUCUACUCCAGCACCAAGCACCCCAGGGUAUCCUGCGCCACCAGGAUCUAGGCAGGGGCAAUACCCUGGUCCUGAGACACCAGCCCUGCGCACACUCAGUGAAUAUGCUAGACCGCACUCCAACAACAACAACCUGCCUCCUGGCAUGCUGCCGAACUUGAUCGGACCUGACCCCAUCCUGCGGUACCAGCUGGAGUCUGCCUACGUGAUGGGAAACAGAGAUGCACAGAUCGACUUGGUUGAACGGGAGAUGAGGGAAAGGGAACUUCGUGAGAGGGAGAUACAGGAGCUGAGAGAGAGGGAGUACCAGGGGAUGCGAGAGAUGGAGAUGAGGGAGAUGAGGGAGAUGGAGAUGCGACAGAAGAUGGGUUAUGAACAGAUGUACGGGAUGCGGCAGGAUGGGGUACCCAUGAAUGCUUUCAUGGCACAGGAAGCCCAGGCUGCUCAUGCAUCAGCUGUGCAGCAGGCCCAUGCUGCUCAGGCGGCUCAUGCAGCGCAGGUUGCCCAUGCCCAGGCCACUCAUGCUCAGGCCGCUCACGUGCAGGCGGCUAGGGAGGCACAGUCGGCUCAUGUCCAGGCUGCCCACGUCCAAGCUGCCAGAGAGGCACAAGCACAAGCUGCUCAUGCUCAGGCAGCUCUUGUUCAAGCAACCAGAGACGUUCAUGCAGUGAGAGAGGCUCAGGCAGUGAGGGAGGCUGUAGUCGCAAGAGAAGUACAGGCCGCUAGAGAAGUGCAAGUUGCAAGGGAAGUACAAGCAGCAAGGGAAGUGCAAGCUCAACGUGAAGCGCAGGCUACACGAGAAGCGCAUGCUGCUCGUGAAGCACAAGCGAACAGGGAAGCACAAGCUAACAGGGAAGCCCAGGCUGCACGCGAAGCUCAGGCAGCUAGGGAAGCACAGGCUGCUAGAGAGGCACAGGCUGCCCGUGAAGCCCAAGCAGCCAGGGAAGCCCAAGCUGCAAGAGAGGCCCAGAAAGCAAGAGAAGCUAAGGCUGCCCGGGAGGCUCAGGCUGCAAGGGAAGCACAGGCAGCACGUGAGGCUCGUGAGAGAGAAGCUAGGGAAGCCCGUGAGCGUGAGGCUCGCUCCGUUCACUCCGCUGAACCUCCCCACCCUGUCAUGCAUCCUGUAGCUGCAGCAUACCUACAGGCAGUUGAUAGGGACAGACAUAUGAUGGGCCCACCUCAAAGCGGGGAACAUUUGGCUAAUGCAGAGCGCCUGAAUACGGAGCGUUUGCAUUCAGAGCGAAUGGCUAUGAUAGUUGACCCCAGGAUUGACCCUCGUCUGGAUCCCAGGAUAGAUCCAAGGGUUGAUCCAAGAAUAGAUCCCAGAGUAGAUCCCAGAGUCAGUCCAUGCUCAGAGCAUGCUAUUGACCCUAGAUGUGACCCUAGAUGUGACCCAAGGGUAAAUCCUGGUGUCUCCACCCCUACCAGCCGAAUCCCUACCCCUCACCAUCAUUCCCACUCGCAUUCCCACACACACCUACAUUUCCAUCCUCAAGAACACAUCCACCAUACCUACAUCCCUCCCUCAGGGGACCCUAACAUUGUACCCCCUCACAUCCCACCCCCUCACAUCCCCUUUGGACCACCCCCAGUCCCUCUUCCCCCACAUGCAAUGGUGAGCCCUGUGCCUCCUCCACCUGGUGCCGUACCCCACCCUCGCAUGUUUGCCCCGCCCCAUGGUAUCAUAGGGGACCCAGUGGCUGAACAGCUCCAUAGGGAGCAGAUGCAGAGGCAAAUGCUAUCAGAUAGACCACCCCAUAUCUAAGCUGCCUUCUUUGCCAAGAUCAAGCACAAAACAUGUCCAUUGCCAGCAAGAAUCGUGCGGAAAACCAUGUUAUACUUUCAGAGGCAACUGCAU